GUGAAGAACACGUUGGAUCUGGAGGUCGAGGUGGUGGAACAAAUAUGAAGCAGGAGAAUGAUGGACAAGAUGAAGAUGAUGACAAUGCUUCUCGAGAGAAUCUGAAUCUCCAAGUGGAUGACGAGGGCGUGUCACCGGAACCAAGAGCAUCUACUUCUUCUUCAAAAAACGAAAAUGACCAGAACAAGAUGAAUAGUUCCUCUGAGUAUUAUCGGGCUCCGAGUUUUGAUAUCUUUGCUGCAGGCCUCGUUUUUCUGGAGAUUUUGACCGGGCGAAAAACCGAUCAGAUCCUGCGUAUCCGAGAAUGGAGCACGAUACUACUUGGAAGGGGUCCAUCGAGAAUGAUUAUGAAAAGAGUUUUACUCAUGGAAGUACCCAAAUUAACGUAGAACCACUCUGGCUAGGCUGGCAGAACAGCCAGAAUCUUAGGAAUACGCAAACGAAUUGCCUACAAUCUUGAGGACUUAGGUUGGUGCAGUUGAUUAAUGAGUAAACAGAACUUCUUCGUCCUCCCUCAUAAUGCGCACAGAAGAGGAAGAGAAGAUCAAUGAGCGAAAGCGACGACGCCUCGAGCAUCAAUAUAAAACGUCUUUUUCUCCUCUGGAGUUUGAACAAGCUCUACAGGCGCAUCGUUUCACCGACAAUUGUAUUAGACCCGUUCAGCAGUGCUCCGACGCAGAGUUUGCGGCCUUACUGCAGCAUUUAGAUAUUAAGGCUUACCCUGCUUCAGCUAACCGUAACCACCCUGACCACGCUCCUCUGUACCGGCUUCGAAUCUGAACCCUCCGCGUUUCCCAUCCUCCUACUCACUUAGCUAUGUGUUCGGUUUGAUUAUUUGUGUUCCAGUGCAGGGCUAGCUCUAAGUCUUUGAUUAAUCACCGUCUAGUCACACACAAUAUUUAGGCGUACCUUGCUGCAGCUAAUCCUAAGCCUUUUAAUGCUAAAUGCUAAUGCCAAUCCAUUUAGAACAAGUAUCCACUCAGUCUACACCUCAGUCUGCACCUCAGUCUACACCUCAGUCUGCACCUCAGUCUACACCUCAGUCUGCACCUUAGAACAAGCACCUUAGUCCUUAGAACAAGCACCUUACAUAACAAGCACCUUACAUAACAAGCACCUUAGAACAAGCAUCCACUUAGGGGAAAAUGAUAACGGGGCCCGUGUCCUCUAGGGGAAAAUGAUAGGAAAUUCUCGUCCUCUAGGAAGAUUCGUUAUUACUAUCUUUCCCUUCGAUAUUGGGUCGUGUACUGCUUGGUUAAGAUGAUGGGAGAUAGGCAUCUGCUACGACGCAUGCUAAUGUGGGCCCAUCAAGGGCCCGCUGCACUGGGCAUAUUCGAAAACUCAAAAUAACCGAUUUACUGACUGAAAUAAGGAAGGCAGCUUAACAUCAAGGCUACUCUUCCUUCUCAUAAGUAUCUCGGUUAUUCUCCUCUGUUGCUCGCUUAUUUUAGUUUUUCGAGUAGGUGUAUCAUACAGUCGGCUCUAAAGACAUAAGUGGAGAAGGACUACCGGAUCCGCUAGCAAGGGAUCUGCUACGACGCAUGCUAAUGUGGGACCCUGCUCGAAGAAUAUCUGCACCUGAAGCGUUGAGGCAUCCGUGGUUUCUCGAGAGAAAGGAAGCGAGGUUGAUACCUGAAGGUGUUGACGGUGUUGUAGGAGGUGAACAAGAGGGUGGCGGAGGUGCUGACGAAGAAAGUAGAGCAGGUGCUGCAUAUGUUAUGAGCGUAGUAGGGAAUUCAUCUUCAAAGUCAUCUGGAAGAAAAUAACAAGACGAAAAAGGGGCCCAGAUGAUCCCCGAGAUGAAUUGCCGAUAGAUACCUCUAAAUAUGGUCGCGAAGGAGAUGCUGCACGUGGAGAUACUAUAAGAGCUUCUGAAGAAGUAGAACAAGUAGAGGAGACUACUGAUAUUCUCGGAGCACAAGAGCAUGUUAGAGGUAGUCGAACAUCCCUUUUGUUGGGUUCUUUUCAAGCACAAGGUAGACGACCGAGUCAAG